CAGCGCGGGCGCCUUCCUUACCACAACAACAGUGGCAGAAGGAGGAUGGCCUGCGGGAGGGAGCCGCUGCCCACGCCACCGCUCUCUUCAGAUGGCUUUGUGACAGCAGCGACAAUGAUGGGUGAAGGCUUCCAGGAUUUAACUCGCUUCCACCCCAAUCAUGGCGUCAACGUCAUGCUCUACGAUGAAAACACCGUUGCGUAUAGAAAAGCCAGUUUUGCCAAUGCGGUGACGAUUAGUGAACGCCCCUUGAUGCCUGAGGAGAUCUUCUUGGUAGAAAUAGAGAAGACCGAGCCGGGCUGGACAGGCCACAUGAGGUUGGGUCUGACACAGCUUGACCCAGCAAAUCUGGCAUUGCCGGAACUGCCUCCAUACUCCCUACCCGACAUGACCAAUAUGGGUAACUCGUGGAUAUGUGCCAUCACAAAAAGUCAUAAUCGUGUUCAGCCAGAUGCAGAGGGGGAGGCUGAAGGUGAUGAGGCACCGGUGGAUGUACAAGGAACAGAGGCACCGGCGGACGUACAAGGAACAGAUGGCACAGACGAGCAGAGGGAAGACGUCCAGAGGCCCGAGGUUAUGGAAGAGGGCGUAAGAAUGGGAACAGAAAACUCGCACAUGCAGGAGAGAAGAGCUGCUGAUGUGGGUGGAGGUGAUGGAGCCAAUGGUGAUGCCCUCGAGGUGUUGAGGAUACAUAACAACAGAUGUAAAGGUGCCAUGAGCAGCGGAGGGCCUCGAGGGCUCGAUUCUAUAGUCGUCGGCAACCACCUGCAAACGUCUCGUGGGUUGGUGCCAUGGUCGUCCUUGAAGCCCACACCUUAUGUCUUCACUGAUUCUUCGGGUAGAAAAAUAACUCUUAAGAGAGACAAUAUUUUGCCAACAGAUGAGGGCAGUAGGAUUGGCAUCAUCUAUUUACCGAGGGGAAAUUUGGCUGAAAUGCACUAUAUUAUCAAUGGGGAAGAUCAAGGAGCAUUUACCAAAAAGCUGCCAUACAGAGAGGCUCCUCUGUAUGUUGUCGUUGAUGUAUACGGCACCACAAAGCAAGUUAGGAUAAUUCAGCUCUAUGUGAAAUCCCUGAAGAAUGCGUGUCGGGAGACCAUCCUCAAGCACAUUGCUCAGCAUGGCGUGAAUGCUCUACCUCUUCCACGGAAACUGAAGGACUACCUUCUCUUUGAGAGCUGAGGUGUUGCGUGUUGCUGCCGACUUGGUUCUUGUCACCCCCAGGAUGUUGACAACGGAGAAGAUGCUGGUGUACAGUGGCUGUGACUAUAAAGGUACACUUGUGGUACCUGGUACUAUAAGGGUACGAUUGUGGUACCUGGGACUAUAAGGGUACGAUUGUGGUACCUGGGACGAUAAGGGUACGAGUGUGGUACCUAGGACUAUGUAUAAGGGUACGAUUGUGGUACCUAGGACUAUGUAUAAGGGUACGUUUGAAGUACCCAAGAGAGAUUUGUUGUGCCCUGGCUCUACCCUCCAGCCUCCUUCCAUGCUGAUGCAAGUAUGUCAAUGUGUGUGAAAGAAGUCUGAAACUUUAAAAUUAUGAUAGGAUCAGGGAGGACACGUUAAUUAGUGUGAAGACGAGUAAAAGUUGUAUAUAUAUAUUUGUACGUAUAAUAUAUAAAUAUAUUAUAUACAGUAUAUAAAUAUAUAUAUAUAUACAGUAUUAUAAAUAUACAAUAUAUAUAAAUGUACAAUAUAUAAAAAUAUACAUUAUUCAGUAUAUAUAUAUAUUCACAUUAUAUAUAUAAAUUAUUUUUUGUCCUUGAUGCAUGAGCUUUUUCUGACUGUUAACCAGAAAAGUAGAUCUUGAUUGUGACUAAUUUGAUAUUGGUCUUUAAUGGUAUAUUUUUUGUGAUAUAGUGUGAAAAGUAUUGUUUGCAGUUAUAAGUGAAUCGCAUGUCGGCUGUGGUUAUAAGCAUCUCGAAAAAUGGGCACGACGCCAACGUUUUGUGUUGAUUCGGAAACAAAUAAAAGAGCCGUGGGGGUUACUGGACGCUCUCCAUGGCACAGAGAGAUUAGUGGCGCGGCGGGAGUGUUGUUUGGAUUGUGCCGUAUUAUCUGUGAUAUAGUGUGUGCUCGUGCUCAACAUCAGAGUUUGAGGUUUUAAUGCGUGUUGUGAAAGUCUGGAUUUCUGUUUUGCGAAAGUGAACACGAGAAGCGGUAGUUAUUAGCUGGUAAGAACAGUUUGAGGUAGCAGUUGUUAACUGGUGUGAACAGGGAAUAAGUUAACAGAUGUUAACUGGUGUAAACAGUAAAUUAGGAAACAGAUGUUAACUUGUGUAAAUGGAAAGAAAAAAAAGAGUAAAAUCUGUGCAGUAUUUAUGGAGGCUUGCAAUCAAAGAAUUGAGAUGUUCAAAGUUGGGCAGCUUGUGUGUGUGUGCGUGACUCCUAUUUUGCAAACCAAUUAAGACAUUUUGAAAAGCAGGAAUUCUAUGUAAAUAGCAUUGUUAAUAAAUUUUGUGUUGUAAUUAAUUCAUAGUGUGCAUCAUUGUCUUGCCGUGACGCAGCAACAGAGCCGAGAUUACUGUCGUGUGUGGGAACAGGAUGGGAGAGCGUUGCUCUUGGGUAACUCUCUACUAACGAGAGAGUUGCCCUUGCAUAUAAAUGGCAGCAAACUAACAUACAGUUGAGUGCAGAUAACUGUGUGCUCUCUCACACAGAUGCUUGUGUAGAUAAAUUUGUACAUAACGCCAAAUUGCAACAUUUAUUUGUACAUAUGAACAGAAACACAGUUUAAAAUUGCAUGCAACAGGCAAGUUGGAAUAUCUGGUUUUGAGAGGUCACUCUCCUAAUAUCGUGUGAUCCGAGUUAUACUUAAUUGGCUUGUGUGUGGGGCACAAGUGUGAUGUUCCCUGAACUGGAGCAUCUGGAGGCUGCUGUUCCCUGAACUGGAGCAUCUGGAGGCUGCUGUUCCCUGAACUGGAGCAUCUGGAGGCUGCUGUUCCCUGAACUGGAGCAUCUGGAGGCUGCUGUUCCCUGAACUGGAGCAUCUGGAGGCUGCUGUUCCCUGAACUAGAGCAUCUGGAUGUUACUGUUCCCUGAACUUUAACCACUGCAGUGCAGUGCCAAGCGAUGCUUUCAUUUCAUCAUUAGAAUUAAAAUGUAUUUGCAGGAUCGCGAUUACUUUCACAUUUCUCAAAAAAAUUUCCGUUUAAUUCUUUUGAUAAAUUGACUGGAAUUGCUUUCUUUUCUUACCCUGUGUUUUCCGACUUGUUUAGUGCAUUGGCACUGUGUGCCGGGAUUCUCGGCCGGAGCGAUCACCUGUCAACUAGUCUGCCUUAUUGUAAAUUUGUAGAACAAUUGUUAUAAACAUGGCACUAUAUGGAGAAUAUUGAUUCUUAGGGCACUGUAAAAUACUUUUUUUUUUUUUUUAAACUGUGCUUGAAUUUCAAUGUAAACCACUUAUUAUAGGCUAUACAGUACUAUCAACACAAGCAAAUAAUCUCAUUCUAAAGAAGUACCCUAUUUUCCUUUAAGUUUUUCUCUGUUAAUUUUCAGUGUGUCUUUAUGGUGUGCUGUUCCUCAUAUUCCUAGUAGGGUGUAGUGUUAUUCCCGAGAGGCGCAUUUGUUAUUGAUGUCGCGUGAAAAUGGCUGCAUACAAACAGAAAUCUGGAAUCAGCUAAGUAUGAAAAUAUUGCUCUGAAAAUUUCAAAGUUUACAGUACAGUAUAUGUAAAGUUAGUCUCUGGAUUAACACACAGGGCUGAGAUUUAUCAAGCAUUUACACAACUACUUACAAAACAUGUAUAUCUCUCCUUAACCCACCCCCCCCCCCCUCCCCCCCUGUUUGAAUAUAUGAAAAAAAAAUUGUCAAGUUUUGAGCUUCAACACUUCACAAAUUAAGGUUAUUAUUGUUAUAAACAACCUUGUAGUACUUUAGAGCUCAUAAACUAUGUAAUGAAUGUAAACUAAGCCGUCUUUGAUUAAGGAAAGUGGUUGUGUAAAUUCCUUUGUAAAAUAAGCAAGUAAAUUAAGGAAAGUGGUUUGGUAAGUGGUUGCAUAAAUGCUUGAUGAGUCUUGGUCCUGAUUGGGCAUUUCAACAAUUUAUACAUACUGUGUAGUACAGUAUUCACAUACAGGUUCACAUUUAUCUCUGAUGUUCUUGAAUCUCUGCAUGUCCUAUUCCUGUGAAUUUUCCGGAUUACCCCUGAACCACUACAUCCUAUUGGCAGAGUGAGCGAGCUCGUAAAUAUUGAUGUUGGCAGAUGAAGCAGAGUUAAUGAGGAGAAUAAGAACUGAAGAGAAUUGUAGGGUGCUCCAAGAAGGUCUCAAUAAACUUCAGGAGUGGGCAGAAAAUGGCUGCUGGAAUUUAAUCCAAGUAAGUGUAAAGUUAUGAAAAUGGAUAAGGGAGAUAGGAGCCCUGUGUGUAACUAUGCCAUAAGGGGAAUGCAAUUACAAGACACGGUAUGAGAAAAAGACCUGGAAGUAGACGUAAUACCAACACCUGGCAGCAAAAGUUCACGUGAGCAGGGUAAUGCUAGCAGCAUAUGGGAAGUUAGCAAACAAGAAUAUUUUUGAAGAAUCUACAGGCCAUGCACACUAUGUGAGACCAUUACUUUAUUGUACAGCACCAGCAUGGAACCCCCUCACCUUGUGAAGCACAAAAAAGUUUUAGAAAGUUCAGAGGUUUGCCACUAGAUUAAUACCAGAAUUGAGAGGUCUCGGCUAUGAGGAUAGGUAGAGCAAACUCGUCCCCUCACAACCUAAGAGGAGAUAAGAGGUGGGAUAUGAUCACUAUAUAAAAGAUUUUGAGAAUAAACAAAGUGAACAAAGGAAGCCUAAUUAAAUUAAAAGGGGUAGGCCAAGGAGACAUCAAUGCAAGCUGUGUACACAAUUGAGUCAUAGAGAUGCAAGGAAGUUCUCGUUCCCUGUAUGAGUGAUUGGCAUGUGGAAUGCAUUGCAGGAAGAGGUUUUUGAAGCCAAUUCCAUCCACAACUUUAACAACAAAUAUAACAAUGUUAAUGUUGAGAGGUAGAACACCAGGUUCAUUUGUUCACCAGGUACAAAUGGCUAGGAGGUUGGGCAUGAAGAUCUAGCUCUUGUUCCCCUAUAGCCUCUGUUAAGUCUACGCUGUUGUUGACGGUGGUCUGUGCUUGUUCCACAUUGUUGUUUGUAGGGAUCUGUGCUAGGUCUACACUGUUGGCAGAGUUCCCUGCUUGGCCUAGUCUCGUAUCUUCAGCAAAUACAAGAUAGUCUUGUACUUCUGCAGAGUUCCACGCAUUGGCCUGUUGGGGUUGGCUUCAGCGAUCUGACUGGAGCUGUUUCUAACAGUGCUGUUCAUGGUUGUCCCAUCUCUUGGAAACAAAUUCCUUCUUUGAUUUCUACACAGUCAUUUAUAACACAAUUGCAACCAUUGAAAGGGUAAAUGGUUAGCUGUCUGCAACCAUUGUAGGGGUAAAUGGUUAGCUAUUUCGAAUGACAAAUUGCAUACCAUUAAGUGUGAUUUAUUCCUGUAACCGCCUUCCAGAAAUCAGGGAAACAUCUCUGAUUUAUUAACCUCCUUGUAGGAUGUUCUGAUUUUCAGAAUCUGAAAGUUUUGUUUUUUUUUACUUUCCUUCAGUCAUAUGUCCCUUGACAAUCCUCGGUGAAUUCGAUUCUUUUAACAUGUCUUGUAUACCAUAUAGCCUUCCACAGACUUUAUUUUGAUAAUUACUUGCCCGAGUCUUGAGUAUUGUUAGAAAUCCCAUACUGACUCAUGAAUCAAUCUGAAAUAAGUCUUGUUUUGAAUUCGGUGUUUCUGUUAACCUUAGAUUUUUGUUCUGUAUUUUCUCAUACCAUUUUUUUGUUUUAGUAUCUUGAAAAUGUGUAUAUUGCAGUGAAACAAAAUACCCAUGUUAGUCAAAGUAUGGUUGUUAUUGAAACGUGUAAUGACUUCAAUCUUAUAUCUUGAGGGGGUAGUCUUAUUGUAUGGCCUUAAAAAUAUAAGACACUUGUGUACAAUCAUAAAACUGAGCUACUUUUCAUUAUCAGGUAUUGUAGUCCUACCUGUUGAAAAUUGCAGGGAUCAAUGUCCCUGUAGCCUGGUGUCUGACUAGGCCUCCUGGUUGCUGGUCUGCUCAUUCAGGGGGUUUGAUGCAGCUGCUUGCCACCUGAUGUAUGAGUCACAGCCUGGGUGAUCAGGUAUUCUUUGAAGGUACUUGAAGAAUUCCCUUUUGAACACUGUAAAAGGUCGGCCAGUUGUGCCCUAUAUGUGUAGGGAAAGAGUAAACGUGCCUAUUGCGCCUCUGCUUUUCAGUGGGGUUAUUUGGCACAUUCUGCCAUGCCUUCUGACCUCAUGUGGUCUUAUUUUUCUCUGCUGAUUUGGAACCAGUUCUUCUAAUAUUUUCUAAGUGUAAAUUAUUAUAUAUCUCUCCUGCCUUUACUCUAGGGAAUACAGAUUUAACAUAUUUAGGGGUUCCAAUAAUUUAAUGUUUUAUCGACUUCACUCGAUAAAACAUUACUCGGUUUGUUUUAUUUCCAAGGGUACCUUUGUACUUUAAAUAAUUCUGGGUCAUUCUUUAGAAAAACACAGGAAUUUUGUUGUCAACCAAAAGGAGACUGAUUUUUCUCUUUGAUCUUGAUACUGGUUAAAUGAGAAAAAUGAAACACUAAAAUGACAUUGAAAUACAUUUGCAUGUGAUUAAAGUUAGCUUAUUUAUCACUAUCUCUUGCAGAACCCCUCGUUACCUUGGGGUUCUGCAAAACCCCGGUUAAGAAAUGGUGCUUUAGAGGUUGAUAGACCUGAAGCUGAACACCAGACCAAACCCUCCUCAAGACCAUGGCUUCAUUAUGACUCGAUGAGUGACAAUUUUAAGGUUUUCUAGCACCCUCGUUUAACAAGGGGAACAGUUAAUCCUCAUGCUGUAUGCAAUUGCAUCCAAAGACUACUAUGCUAGCUGUUGGUCAGUCAGAUCAUUGGGUCAGGCCAGUAACUACAUGGGUGACCACAGUCACACUUAUGGCUGGGAUGACCUUGACAAACAGUCUUAGGCAGCAUAAACAUGCCAUAAACAGCGAUUCCCUCAGACUUAAAAUUUUAGCCGUUCUUUAAACACAAGUAUGUUCACUAAGAUAGGUCAUGUGAGCCUUGAGAUGCGGGGGAUAUAUCAGUCAUAUGUCUUGGAGGGCAAGUAUACUGGGUUGUGUGUCUUGGAGAUUGGGUAUACCGAGAUGUUCAUCUGUACAUUGUACAGUACAGUACAGUACAGUAUUAACCAAUCAGAGACCAGUGCCUGGAGGUGGUAUCACCAACGCAAACCCUGCUGUUCAUACCAGGUGGUCUGUCAGCAUGUACUAUAAGGUAUAGAGGCAAGGCCUCAGUGCAAACCUAUGUACAACAAAACCGUAAAAGAAGGUCUACAUCAAUACCAACAGGCAUUAAAGCAAUGAUAAAGUGCACACAAUCUUAGGAUAAUUGUUGGGUGUCCUGGAGGUGUUGUGGUAUAUCAAAUCAUAUGUCCUGGAGGUUGGGUAUACCUGGUCCUGUAUGGCAUUAUAUUUUGCACAUGCACUUUUGUAAUGAGAACAUAAAAAUGGAAUUAUGCUAGCUUAGUAGCAGAACUUUACAUCCACGCCAAGCUAAUCCUUGGUAUCUGUCCAACACGCAUGCCUUGUGACCGCUAGUGUAAAUUGACUGUUUAUAAUUAAGAGCUUCAGAAAGUAAUGUAUUUGUGGUCACAGUGACCAGGAUGGUCAAAUUACUCUGGGAGUAGAGCAGAUGUAGUUAAAGAAGUGUUUAGCCAGGCUCUGGCAGACAGGUAAAUAUUGAAUUACUUUCAUGAUAUUUUCCACAGUUAUCUUGAUGUAGUUCUUUGCAGAAAAUGCUGUAGCUAAUGUUUGGCUAUGUAGCAGAAUUUGUUGGACAACUUUAAAUUGUGUACAUUUACAACUAGUGGCAGCGGGCUGUUGUAAGCAACAGUCAGACAGAGCAUGUUACUGUAUUACAAGAACAAACCUGACUUGAGGCCGGGCUUGGAGAAUAGAAGCCCUUGCAAAACAGACUACAGGUAAAACUCCAGAUAAUAGAUUUGAAAAGUUGCAUUUAGAAAUUUCAUUUUGUAGGAAUCAAAAUUCUUGAUUAUUGUAAUGAGAAGUGGUAAUUUGGGUAAAAGAAAGAAGCUUCAAGUAAUAGUUUCUCUCUGGGUCAUAGUGUAUAAUUCAGUGUACUAAAUAGACUACAAUGAAGCUGAAGAAUUUGUGAAGCAAUAGUACUGUUCAUUUGGUGACUACAGUGAUCAGUUUCAGAGAUUUAUGUGUAUAUAUGAUCAGAUAUUCUGAUCAAGCAAUUGGAGUUUACAAAAUCCCGGUUACCGAUCAUAUCUGCUGUAAGACCGUAUGUAAUGAUCUUGGUUUUGUUUAUAUUUAUCAGUGCAGUGUUGUCACUGGUGUUUUUGGAAACAAGUUAUCUUAGUGGAGUUUUGCUAUACUUUGACCAUGAAAAUGAGUUGUGUGCAUUGUUGUGCGGGACUCAUUUCAACGGUGUAAAAAUUGGUGCUUACAAUAAGUGUAAAUGGUUCUUACAGCCUUUGAGGUUUACGUUAGAAUACAGUACCAACAUUGUUUUCAAUUUUCAAUUUUAUUUUAAUAUUUCUUGCUAAGGUAGCACAGUAAUGAGAGAGAAUGUCUUAAUAAUUUUCUUUGCUUAGGAAGGUGCCAAAUUUUGAGAUUGUCAGGUGCUGGAUAUAAGGGUUGCUGCUGUUGCUGUUUGAGCAUCUUGUAACACCAACUUUUCAUCUGUAUAUUUAUAUAAACCUGUUAAAAAAAUGAAA